AUGGUUCAAAAUCAAAUAUGCAUUGGAAUUUUUAUAAUGUUCACUUGUAAAAGAUUGCUCUGGGUGAUUACAGAUAAAGGUGAAUCUUUGACUGGUGAAUAUUUUCGUGACAUAAUUCUAAUUCAAAAUGUAAUUCCCUUUUUAAAUGAUGAAGAAAAUGUUAUUGAUCCUGAUGAAGCUACAUUUGUCCAUGACAAGACACCAUGUAUGCGAGCAAACAAGACCCAACAUUUGCUUCAGGACAGUAAUGUGAAGUUUUGGGGUAAUGAUAUCUGGCCAGGCAACUCACCUGAUCUCAAUGUGGCAGAACGUAUUGGAUCAAUAAUCAAAGAUGAAGUUGAGAAAAAAAUGUUAUCAGAAACUGAAGAUAAUCGCUAUCGUGAAGACAUACUCAAAGUGCAUCUUACAAAUGUUUUGACCAAUCUGGAAACAGACACUGACUUAUUUGAAACACUUUUACGUUCGUAUCCAUCACGUCUUCGUGCAGUCAAGAACACUAAUGGUCGUCAUACGCAUUAUUGA